AAAAAAAACACGCACACCCUUGCAGUCAUUCCAAGAACAGAUCAGGAAGUGAAAGAGAGGAAGUAAAGAAAAAACUCUAGCUAGCUAUUGAGAAGAUCCACGGUCACAAAUCCCAUCUUGUUGAGAUGGCUGGCAAGAGUCCUGUUCGUUUGAAUGAGGAAGAUUUACGAAAGUUCAAUGAGUUUAAUCAAACUGCAUCUGAAGAUGUAAGGAGGCUUCUUGGUGAAUCAAGUUCAUGUUGUAUAUGUUUGGAGCUGUUCAGUGUUGGUCAAACAGUGCAUUACAUCUUGCCAUGCAAACAUUUCCUCCAUUCAACCUGCGGAGUCGAGUACUUCAAAACAGAGAUGGAAUCAAAAUGCCCUUAUUGUCAACAAGUUAUUGGCGAUGUUAGUGAAAUGGACAUCGAGCCUUGUGAUGCUCCAGUACCGAAAAAUACGGAAAACAAUCCACCAGGAAAUCCUCCAACUCAGUCUCAGUGAAAAAUUAAUGUGGCUUAAUUAGGAGUUUUGAAAUUGCAUAUUGUUGCGCAUAUGUUCAUGUUUGAAGUUUAGCUAGGGAUGUUAUUCAUAUGGGUUUCCUGUUUUUUCACAUAUGUUUAUGUAAUAAAUGCAAUUUCCAACUUCUAUACAAUAUUUCUUUUCUUUUUUUACUUAUUUACAUGUAGUCAUUUUGA